CGAGCACAGAGGCGCCCAGGUGAAUAUUUGAUAGCAGCUGAACGUAUAAGACUAUCAAACUCCAAAAAGGUACCGUUAAAAUUUUCUUGUUAAAAGAAAAAAUAAUUCAAGGAGCUAUUUGUUUGUAAACAAAACCACGUGUAUCAACAAAUCACGAUGAAAGUGAAAAUAACCCUGUUGUCUGCCGAAGAGCCAGAAAUAAGACGGAUGACGCUGGAAAAUCAUCCAGAUUUUGCUGAAUUUGAGAGAAAGGUGUCAGAAUUGUUUGGAAAGACCACUGGAACUUUUACGUUCCAUUGGAAAGAUGAUGAGGGUGAUAUUAUCACGAUGUCAAGUGAUGAGGAGUUUCAAGAGGCGAUGAAAAGCGCAACCGAGGAGACCCUGAGAAUAAAUCUUCGAAGAAUCGAAGAUCAUUCCAAACUGGAGGAGGGCAUGAAGUUUGAUUAUAAUCCUAGUGAUGAAAAGGAUAAGAUGAUUCCGGAAGAAUUAGGUCCAAGGAGAUGGGAGCGUCGCCGACGUCAUUGGAGAGGAUUAGGUCAAGGUCAUUGUCCACUACCAUUUCGUAGGUUCAGACAAACCGAGCAGCAACUGAGGAAUGAUCAACCCCUCUCUGAAAAAAAGAUGCGAAGGUGCAUGCGACGCAAAAUAGAAGGUCGUGAACGAUUUGAUCGACCUGGGAGUAGCAUCGAUCAAUACCGAGCCGGAUGUGGCAGACAUCGAGAGAAAGGUUCUCAAUUUCAAGAGGGAGACCAGAAUCCUAUGUCCAGUGAAGCCUGCCGUGAAAAGCCCGGUACUUGGUGUCACUGGAAUGGGAAUAACUGGCGUCGGAGGUGCAAUCUGCGUUCUGCCCGACAUUUUAGGAAAAGGUUGGAUGAAGCAUAUAUGGCGCACGUUAGUUGCCGUUCAAGAAGGAGAAAUCGGGAAAUUUUUAAAGAAUUCUGUCAAGGGAGAAAAUGCUGCAGGCGAGCAAAUUCGGCUCCACCAACUCGUCUUUAUGAAAGAAAUCUUUACGAAUCCGAAAUGAUAAUGCGUGGAAAAGGAAAAAGAUGCAGACGAUCAACAUCAGUCCCUGUCUGCAGUCGGGAAAUAGGUGAUGAGACGCUAGCUUCUUCAAGAUGCAGACGCCGAAGGUACCGCAAUGGAAAAUUAUGGCUAAAGUUCAAGGUAAACCGUUUUCCUAACCCCUUUACCGAUUCCGCCAGUGGGGAAGAGAAGGGACAUCUUAGACGGCGCUGCAAAAGCUAUCGAAGAAGAGCAGCGAUGCUUGCAAAUGAAGAGUCAAGGAAUGCCAAUCGUUCAGCUACCCAGGAGCCUGAAAUUUCUGAGCUUGUUGAAACUAUGACUAUUGAGGAUGGUGAAGAGAAUACUAAAGAAUCAGAAGCAAGGGCAAGUAUCAGUAAUAAUUGCGAAAGAAAGAGAAAAUGCAGACAUCGUCGACAUUGCGACAAAGAUGGUGGAAGAGAUGAAAACAAGCAAUCUGGGGAGACAAACAAAAGAAAAUAUCACUGCAAGCGCAGAUGUGGGCAUAAAAGGCACCUAACUGAGUCACAUGAAACCUUCGAGAAAAACCAGGAAAAUGCAGAACAAGAGGAUCCCGUAGAAGCCAAACGUCAAAGAAAAUGCAGAAUAAAGGCAUCCCACCGUUGCAGAGAGAUGGAGAGAGAUGAUGCCACGAGAUGCAGAAAUAGCAGGACUAAAGAACACGGCAAAGGAGUUCUCACUUUGAAAGUUAGAGUGAAUGACGACAUGAAAAUGAGGCCCCAAAAACUAGCACGGAAACUUUACAGGAUUCUCAACCAGUACAGUACAGACUGCCAGGAAAACGAACCACGUGGAAGAAGAUAUCGUCAAGAAUCCCUGGGAAUACCACGUGACCACGAUUUUGAGCGUCAGCUUAGAAGAAUGCUGCGUCGUCAAGGAUGUCGUCGGGAAAGAGCCCGUUUUCUUUCCCCGGAAUUUCCAUCCAAUGUUGGAAAGGAUUUUGCUUCCUCUGGACCGAGGAGAAUACGUCCACGUGACUGUCCCUGGUAAAAGAUUUCCAAAAACGUAUUGACGAUUGUUUUUUUAACAAAAACAAUUUAUUACAUUUAAACCAUGUAUGUUUUCUCGUGGUUUUUAUUCAUUAAGAAAGAUAUUAACAUUUUGUCAUAAUUGUAAAGCAAGUUUCUCUUGUAUGAUAUCAAAUAAAUGUAUGUAUUCGAUUUUCUUGAAAAAAAAAAUUUGAUGUUCUUAUAGUUUUUCAUGUUAUCAACCACAUUGCAUAGCCUAAUUGCAAACAAUGAAUAUGAUAUUUUCUUAAUGCAUUUAUACUUGUAUUUAGAGAUAAGAAACAUGAAAAUCUUGAUCGUUUGGUUACUGUAUGUUAUAUUUUGCUUUGUUUUCUGUGCUAUGAUUUAUAAUCUACAUGUUCAUAUUAUUAUUUUUUUUUUUUACAUAAGUAUAUCAAGGACAUGUAUACUAGUAUUUUUUUUUUAAAGAUGUGUGUCAGUUAUUUAUUAAUGUUGUAUUUUCGCCUCUCUUUUACCUUCUCCUUGUCAUUGGAUAUGUAGAUUUAUUCAUGUACCUAAUAAAUGUGUCACUAGUA